ACACAAACACAAACACAAAUUAAUCAAAAAUCUUUCCCUGUUGUCUUGUUUAUUUCCUCUUAAUACACCUCAUUUCCUCAAACAUGCACCCCACGUUCUACCAACACUUUCAAUAUUCAACAAUAACAUCAAGAUUAACACAAAAACGAUAAUUAUUAAUUAAUCACAAGAGCAAAAAAAAUUCAUUUUGAAGUUGAAAAAAGACCAAGAAAUGUAUUGUUUUCAAGUUUAAACUGUUAGAAUGUAUUGGGUUAUAGUUUCUGUUCUUUGUUCAUACCUUUAUGUAAGAACUAUAAUGGUUCGAGCUAUUGAACAAGAGCAAGAAAUUUAGCUCUUGAAUAAGAGCAAGAAAUUUGUCAGGUUAAAUUGUUACAUUUUAAAGGUAUGAACGAAAAUUCAGGACGUUCUAAUGUCAAGGGUCUUAGCGCUGAUGAUGCUGCUAAACUUGAAGGUGGUCCUAAGUCAAAGGCUAAUAAUAAAGAUGACGCAGGAAUUACACUUCCAGAAGUUAAAAAGAAUCCAGAAAUGGAGCAGAUGAAGGAAAGGUUUGCUAAAUUGCUUCUGGGAGAGGAUAUGUCUGGAGGAGGAAAGGGUGUUUCUUCUGCGUUAGCAUUGUCAAAUGCCAUUACAAAUCUUGCUGCUUCUGUGUUUGGUGAACAAUGGCGUCUAGAGCCCAUGUCUGAAAAAAGGAAAGCAAGGUGGAGAAAAGAAAUUGAUUGGCUCUUGUGUGUGACUGAUUACAUUGUUGAAUUUGUUGCUUCUCAGCAGAAAAACAAGGAUGGGUCGUGUAUGGAGAUAAUGGUGACACGACAACGGAAUGACCUUCACAUGAACAUCCCUGCCUUGCGCAAGCUUGAUGCAAUGCUUAUAGGUUGCUUGGAUAACUUCAAAGAACAAAAUGAGUUCUAUUAUGUUUCAAGAGAUGCACCAGACUCCGAAAAAGGCAACACCAAAAGAAAAGAUGACAAAUGGUGGCUUCCUACUGCUAAAGUUCCUGCAAAUGGUCUAUCAGAAGCAUCAAGAAAAUUUCUGCAGUAUCAAAAAGAUUGCGUAAACCAAGUGCUAAAAGCAGCCAUGGCUAUAAAUGCAAAUGUUCUAGCGGAAAUGGAGAUUCCUGAAAACUACAUUGAAUCCCUGCCAAAGAAUGGAAGGGCAAGCCUUGGGGACUCGAUUUAUCGGUCUAUUACUGUAGAAUUCUUUGAUCCAGAUCAGUUUCUGUCCACCAUGGACUUAUCAACAGAACAUAAAAUCCUAGACCUAAAGAACAGAAUUGAGGCUUCUAUAGUGAUCUGGAAGAGAAAGAUGAACCAGAAAGAUGGGAAAUCUACUUGGGGUUCUGCUGUUAGUUUGGAGAAGAGAGAACAAUUUGAAGAGCGAGCAGAAACUAUCUUACUCAUUCUCAAGCAGAGGUUCCCUGGAAUUCCUCAAUCUUCACUAGACAUUAGCAAAAUUCAAUACAACCGGGAUAUAGGGCAUGCAAUCUUAGAAAGCUAUUCAAGAAUUCUAGAAAGCUUGGCCUACACAGUUCUGUCUCGAAUCGAGGAUGUUCUUUAUGCUGAUUAUGUUACUAGAAAUCCAUCAUAUGCUGGACAGAAGAGGAACCCUUUAAAAGAGACACCUCAAGAACCUUUAAAAGACGAGUUGUCAAGGAAAUCGUCAGAGGGUUCAAUGACACUGUUGGAUUUUAUGGGUUGGAACUUGGAAUUGAAUGAAGGGAUAAAGAAGGAAUCAUCUGGAAAUUCAGAUGAGAUGAUUAAAGAAGAAAUAAAGCUAACAGAAAAAAUUGCCAACAUAGUGACUAUGAAGAAAUCUUCCUACCUUGACAACUUAGGAGGCGUAAAAAGCCCAACCGCCCGUCACUAAGAUAACAACAAUAAGAGGAGGAAAGAAAAGAAAAGAUAGAAGAUAUAAACAAAAGAGUGACAAACCAGCCUGCAUUGACAUAAGAAUUUUGGUUGUUUUUUUUUUUUUU